AUGUCGACAUUCACUCCUUACCCAACCACCCUCCAAGACGCCCAACGCUACUGGGUCUGGAACUACAUCCAACUAGAAAACCUGUACAUCGUGCACUUUGACUCCUACCCCACGGGACCUGCCGGCAAAGGCUUCUUCUUCUCCAGAGGCAUGCCAUACAUGGGCCCUGAUCAGAAGGAACUCGACCCGCAGAGCAUCGACCGCGAGAUGUGGAGGGAGCUGGCUUCGACUCCUGGGGUGGCGAUUAGGAAGUGUACGAAUGAGACGAAGGAGGAUGAGAAUGAGAUUUGUGAGAUGCUUUUUGGGACGGAUGAGGGGGAGAAGUGGGCUGAGGGGGAGUUUUGUUCGCGGAAUGUUGUAAAGAGGGGUGAGUAUGCUGUAGCCAAGGCGCGAGAUGCUCGGGGGAACUGA